AUGCCGGAGUCAGCCUUAUCAUCAGAAGACUUGAACAGCUUGAAUGAUGCAGACCCGUAUUUUUUAAUGUGCACUAUGCUCCUUGACCUCUGGGACUUUGAUAUCCAAGCAGGCAGUACUGGACUUUUUAGACCUCACAAAGGAGCCGCAGCACAAAGCCUGAGGUCUGUGACGGAAGAGCCAGUCCCAUUACAUGAAGAAUUUAUCUACUGUUGUGGAGCUGCUACCCAUGUCUUGAAGUGUGGGCCCUGGAAAGACCUCUCAAAAGAUGAAAGUAAAAAUCUCCCCAGGCUCUUAUUCAUGAUCAUUCCUGGUAACCCUGGACUGGCAGGUUAUUACAGGACCUUUAUACAGGCCUUGUACUGUGGACUAAAUCAGCAGUAUCCUGUUUGGGUUGUGAGCCAUGCUGGACAUUGUAAACCUCCUAGUGGUAUGGAAAUGAUAGAAGACACAGAUAUUAAGGAGCUAGAGGAUGUUUUUGGACUUAACGGACAAGUAGAGCAUAAGCUGAACUUCCUCAGAAAGAAUGUAUCAAAAGAUAUAAAGCUGGUACUGAUUGCUCAUUCUAUUGGUUGCUACAUCACACUGGAGAUGAUGAAGCGAGCAUCAGAACUUCAGGUUCUUCGCUCCGUGCUGCUCUUCCCGACGAUCGAGCGAAUGGCGCAGUCCCCUCAAGGAAAGCUGAUGACCCCUUUGCUCUGCAAACUCCGUUACGCGCUGUACAUGCCCGUCUACCUGCUGUCCUUCCUGCCGGAGGGAGUCAAAGCCUCCCUGGUGCGGUUCGCUCUGCGAGGGAUGAAGACCUGUGACGAAUCUUCCAUAACAACCUCCGUCAAUCUCUUCAGCGUGGACUGCAUUGCCAACAUCUUGUACAUGGCAAGUCAAGAAAUGAUGAAGGUUGUGGAGAGAGACAGUACAACCAUAAAGCAAAAUUUAAAGAAGCUGAUUUUUUACUAUGGAACUGGAGACAGCUGGUGUCCACAGCAUUACUACGAUGAAAUCAAAAUGGAUUUUCCAGACGGGGACAUUCGGCUUUGUGAGAAAGGGCUCCGCCACGCCUUUGUGCUGGACGCCAGCAAGGAGAUGGCUGCCAUGAUUACAGACUGGUUACAGGAUGAUCUGACCAAAUUAUAA